AUGGCGAGCUCGCAAGAAUUUUUGCAAGCCACAUUUGGAAGUGUUCCAUUGCUAGCUUUGUGCUUUUUGGGUGUGCUCUGUUUAACAUUUACAGGCCUGAUUGUGAUCGCCCUGAUUCCUGUGUAUUUGAAAACACCUAGUAUGCAUGAGCGUCUGCCUGUAACCAAUCCAGUUAGUGUUGAACCUAUUAUAACAAAAUCACAGCUAGACACUUCAACAACCACGUUUAGGUUGACAGCUAUAACUACAAAAUACCCAAACAUCACAGCAGAAACACCAACAACAGCAAUUUCAACUAUGCCACAUGAAACAGAACACAAAACAACAAAUUUGAUGAAACUUGGUAUAAACCAACUAGGUGAUAUUAGGAAGCAUGUGGUUAAAUUACAAUUAAAGCAAGCACAUGAUCCCCAGUAA